AUGGACUCCAUCUUCGACUUGGAAUGGCCCGACCUUGGACUCCCAUCCUUGGAGUUGGAGAUGGAAAACAUAGGCCAGUCUAUCAAUUUUGACUCUGGCAAGCCUUUUGAGCCGGUUACAUUGCCGGAAUUAAUUAAUAGCGUGUCGGCAUCUUCAGCUACGACGCCUAUAAUCUUGCAGACACCAAUAGUUGCACUUGAGCCAGCAGCUCUACCGGAAGACUUGGAAGGGAACCUUGCUUUGGAACGCGAGAGGCAACUUCUAGAAGAGGAUGUAUUACCAUCCUCUAAGAUCCCCGACGUCGGUCUUUUCUCUCGUCUACCGACGUAUGUACCAUACUCUUGGUUGCCUCCGCCCUUUGUCCCGCGAGCGAAAUCAACAGCAGGCCGCCAGCCCACAGGCCCAUCGAUCCCAGCCUCUGCUUCAACCUCGUCUGAGCGUCAGGUUUCGAGCGUUUCAAGUGUUGUCCCAGCAUCUUCGAUGCCACUGAACACACCUGGGAUGGAGCCUUUAGAGAUGGUCUUGCGGUCCACCAAUUCUUCGCCGCUCCUCAGCCACCCUCAAAGGACCAUGCAGUACCCUGCUCCUUCAUGGGUUGGGUACACGAACAUUCUGGGCCUAUCUGGACAAACAGGAUGGUUCUCGCGCUCCCACGUAGGCUCAUCUGCUCCCGUCGCUGUUCCUACCACACCGUCUAUUCUGCUAGAGCCUCAUCCACUGCAAUCUCCAGCCUCCAACGUCGUCUCUGCUGGGAUCGCGCCCCCUACGGUUCCACCUGUUACGGCCGAGGAGAGUCUUACCCCAGGCUGUUACACCCGAUGCCUUGGCCCUCCUCCCGAAGAUGCAGAAUCUUCUACUCGCCGUGGUACCAAGAACAAGAGGGAAAGUGCUGGAGAUGAAGAGAAUGACAGGGCAAAAAGGACAUGCCUUGCAGAACCAGAUGAAGAUGAGUCCGAUGAUCCCCCUAUCAGUUGUCUGUGGCGCAAAGGCUGCAACUUCUCUGGUACCCCCGUCAAGCUUGGGCAACACAUCAUGUCGGUGCACAUGCCGGGCUCCAGGCCAGAUGUAGUGAUCGUACGUUCUUCCGACCAGGUGACGUGCGGUCUCCAGGGUGCCGAAGAAGAGCCAUGUACAUUCCGCAGUGGGAUUCAGGAUACACUGGCGCACAUUCGUGAGGUGCACACUGAACAACAAGUGGGACAACUACGCACGACAUAUGAAGUCGGUCCACUGGAAAGUGGAGGGCACAGUGUUGACGUGCCCGACUUGCGGGUCGCAGCCGAGGCAGGACAUGGCAGUGAGGAGGAGACAUACACGCAGGUGUGUGCGGAAUUUCAUGAAGCGCCAUAA